AUACGGUGUCUGCAAGAAGAGACUAGCUCUUCGGACAUUUUUAUUUUUUUUCCAAUGAUAUUAUCCAUGAUAUUUUGCGAGACUCAACCCUUAAAUUAUGGGCGUCGGAAAACAGUAGGCGUAGCCGAUAGCAGUAAAAGAGAUGAUAAUCCGAGCUCCAUUGUUGCACUCACCUCUUUCGUCUCUCUCCAUUCUUCGUUUUUCAGCAAAACCUAAGCCGCCAUUUCCUCAUACCUUACCCUUGCGACUCUACGCUUCAUCACUCAAUGCUUCAGCAGAAACAAAGUAUGAAACUCCUAAUACCAAUCAUCAUCCAUGGCCAGAAUGGGUGACCUUCAUUGACCGUUUGAAAUCUCAUGGUUAUUUCCCUCAAUCUGCCGAUUGUCAAAUUAGUUAUGGCGAAAUUACGCUCUUGAAGGACCCUUGUCUCAGCUUUGCUCGCGACCGCUACGACCUUUUCAGGUCAUUUUCAAAAGAGGAUAUUCAGUGUUUGGUAAAGGGUGGAUGUCCUAAGAUUCAACGCAAAAUAAUUAAUUCAGCUAAACGACUGAGAGUCUAUGUGGGAUUAGAGGAGAAAAGUGUAUGUGACAUUUGUAGUCUUCAAGGAUCUUGUGACCGAGCUUAUUUGAUGCUUGGGGAUUCUGAAGGAGGUGCCAGAAUGGUGGACCUUAUGCGUCUCUUGUUGGCAUAUGCACUAGACCCAAUGCUUAUAUCUGGAGCAGAGAGUGCACUGAGUGCUCCUAGCAUUAUGCAGGCUGUAUCAGCUUCAAGGAGAGUUUUGAGUUUGUUGAUUAACUUGACUGAAGCAUCUAUAGGUCUUGCUCCUCUCAAGUCUUCUGAAAAGCUUGAUCAUAAGAAGGAACAAUCUGCUCAUCAUAUUAAUGCUUCAGUGCCUCGUGAUGUUCAAAUGAAUAAAAGAGAUUGGAAUUGUCUUAAGUGUGGUUUCGUGAAUUUUCAAAGAAACUCUCACUGCCGAAAGUGCAACGAGCAGAACCCCAAGUGGGUUAAUGUCGAUGUUGAGAUGAAGAAAGGUGAUUGGAAGUGCAUCCAGUGUGGAAUCGUAAACUUUGCUAGCAGAAGGAAUUGUUUUCGUUGCAAAGAUCCACGACCACCAAGGGAACUCAAUCCCGGGGAAUGGGAGUGCACCAAGUGUGAUUUCUUGAACUUUAGAAGAAACGUUACCUGCCUCAAGUGCGGUGGUGAGCGUCACAAAGAGGCUGUGUCGCAGGACAAGAUUGCGAACAGGCUUACUUAAUCUGUUGGGUGAUUAGAUAAUACAAGCAUCUUACCUUCAUCAUCACCAUACGAAACGACAUUUGGUUCAGCAAAAUGGAUGUGAGACUCAUGAGAACUGUCAACAUUUCGUACGGGUAGUCGACUUUGUUUGAAUUAGAUCGUGUUUCAAUUGCCCUUUUCAAUCGAACAUUAUAGCCAAGACCGAGGAGGGUGCUGGUGCACUGCUUUUCAAUCUUAUGGGAAAAUAGAUAGCAAAGCUUGGUGACAUUUGUGUUCUAAACAAUUAAUUUGGUUUAUCAGGGAAUUUUCCUAUUAGAAAACAUAAGACCACAUUUAUAAUUAAAAUAACAUGUACUAAUACAAAUUACAUUUUGACAAAAAAAGUACAAGUACUACACCGUUUUGAGUUUA